AACGAACAAAAUGGAUCUGGUGGACCUAAAACUGGAGAAUUUGUUGGAGUACGACCCUGAUACGAAGAGUUUGAGGGGAAACCCCCAGAUUCUGUACUAUCGCCAGCCGAGCCCUAGUGAAUAUCCGCUGGACCUAAACAAGGGCUAUAGUCAGUACAUCCCUCGAAAUGGAAACUUUCUACGCGCCUUCGGCCUGGUCCAGCACCAUGUGAUGCAUCUGCCGAAGCCGCGCCAGGUGCUCGAACAGAUGGACUUCUUUCUCAAUCGCGGAACAAUGCUGAAAUUCAUGGGCGAUGGGACUUACGGUAAACAAACGAACUUUGCAGCCUGUCGCUUCAAGGGCUGCAUCUAUGUGCGGUCAUUAUGGGAAGAUCACGAUGAGCGGUACACAGUUCCAUACUUGGCUAAAACCUAUCCCUUCAAGGCACGCCAUUACGUUUUCACCCGUUCUCCGGGCGCGCUGCCGAACACCGAUGCCCCAGUGGAUGAGCGGAAGCAAGUGUAUGGAAUGUUCUCGGCCAAACUGGGAAGCUUUCGCCUGCUCUACUCGGCAGAAGUUAGUGGCGUGUCGAACAAGGAACCACUUGGCGAUCUAAACGAUCCGGAGGUGCUAAAGAAAUGCCAGCUAGCUUCGCUGAGGGUUGACAAACAGGGCCGCUGGAAUAAUUCUGCGCCCUUAUGGCUCAUGCAGAGCUAUUUGGGAGGCAUCGAUCAGCUUGCCAUCGCCAACUCCAAUGAGCGUGGCCUCGUGUGUCGACCAAUAGAAGUGGUGUCCUGUGCCAAAGUGAUGAGUCAGGAGAGCCAAUUCAACAUACACGAUCGCCUCCAGAAACUGCAUAAGAUUCUCGAGGAGAUCAGCCUUAAGAUGGGCAACAAGGACAAUCCUCACCAGGAAUUGAGAUUCGAGAUGCGGAAAGACUCGAUUUUAUUUGAAAAUCGCCUUACGUCGAUUGAGCCUCCAGGGAAUUUUGACCAGCAAUUCAUCGAUUUGAUCAAUCAUUUGUAG